AUGAACAAACAAUACCCCUUCCCGCAGUUUAGCGAAAUGGAGGAAAAUGGACUUGAACUCAGGCAAUGGCCCGUUCCACCUCCAAGUCGCCCAUUCCACGUCGUCGUUGCACCAGGACAGGCUAAGGAAGGCCUCAAACGCGCCAAGCAGGGACCAUAUCCUCCUGAUCUUCAUUAUCCCUUGAACCCACAUCAUCAGACCCCAGGACCCAUCCCCACCUUGCAGACUUACCUGCGAACCCUGGUGUUGGAACGUUGGGAUGCUGAGCUCAGACGUUGUGACGAGGCUUGCAAAGCGCAAAUAUCAGAACACAUGCAAGGUCCACUAACUCACCAAGCAUAUGUAAGGGAGUUAAUAAUUGGUCACUGGAAUGCGGAGAAGAAGAAGUGUGAAGAAGCACGCAAAGUCCAACUUUUGGAAAUCCUGCUCGCGUCUCAUGGUAUAACCACACUUGUUUAG